AUGAAGGUGGAGAGGAAGACCACCUCAACAUCCACAGAAACUUACACGGAUAUACCUGCUUUUCUGACAUUGCUGGGCCUGCUUCUGCUUCUCCUGUCAGGCGAGGUGUCCAGUGUGAAUGUGACUAGCCAGUCUCAGGUAGUGAGAGGCACAGUGGGCAGAGAAGCCCUGCUGUCAGUCAGUUAUUCCAGCAGCAGCACAGACAGACCUGUCAUUAAGUGGCAGCUAAAAAGAGACAAGGAGAAGCCCAUCACAGUUGUCCAGUCUAUUGGCACUGACAUCAUUGGAAACCUGAGGCCAGAGUACAGAGACCGCAUCCUGGUGUAUGAGAAUGGCUCUCUACUGCUCCAUAACCUGCAGCUGUCUGACGAAGGCAGCUACGAAGUGGAGAUCUCCAUCACAGAUGACACCUUCACUGGGGAGCACUUCAUUGAGCUCACUGUUGACGUUCCAGUGUCCAGACCUUAUAUCCAGAUGAUGGCUUCCUCUGUGUUGGAGUACAGCGAGCACUUUAACCUUCAUUGUUCUCACGAUAAUGGCACAAAGCCCAUCUACAGCUGGGUCAAAGGAGGCAAAGUACUGGCCAAUGACUCACGACUGAUGCUGUCACAUGACCAGAAGGUGUUGACCAUCUCUCGUGUCCUCAUGUCAGAUGAUGACAUCUACACCUGUACAGUGGAGAACCUCAUCAGCAGUAUGAAGAGCCCUCCAGUCAGGCUUACAGUCUAUAGACGGAGCUCGCUAUACAUCAUUCUGUCCACAGGAGGUAUAUUCCUCCUAAUCACCCUGGUGACAGUGUGCGCCUGCUGGAAGCCAUCCAAAAAGAAGCAUCGACCCGUCCCCCAAAGAGCUCCUAUCUAUGUGGAGCAGAGUGAAAAUGGUCAUGAUGUUGAUGUAGUGCCUAAGCCCAGCACCCUUGGUAGAAGGAGUCCCAUGCCUUUAUAUGUUCUCAAUGAAGAUGAACCUCUUGAGUGCUUAGAGGAGCGUUCUAGUAACGUUAUUCAAUCAGAAGAUCUCCCUGCUACAUUUGUCCCAGUUCUGCCUCCCCCCAACAGAAGUGGCCCCAUAUGGACCCCUCCACGUCGCUACCCUCGCAGCCCCUCUCCCUUGGCACAACCGCUGCCCCUGUCCAGUCCUCAUUCACCUGGCUCACCCCAGCGCGUCUUCAGUCCCAUCAGAAAAGGUCGGCCUCCAGUGAGCAUCCCCACUAGCUCCCUGCCAGUGGAGCCCGAGGGUUCUGGGCAUGAGUCUUCACACACUGUUCAACAGCAAUGA